AUGGACGUCGAUGAUGAGGCUAUGCGCCAAUAUGUCCCUGCCUCAUUCGGGAAACAAGAUAAUUCCGUAAACGUCGAGGCGCAAAUCGAGCGAUGUCGGCGCAAAAUCGUGGACGAGAGCAAGCCCCAGGCUGCAGCGAAAGAUGCAAGUCUAGAUUCCGACAAGGACAGCGACGACGAUGACAGCGAUGACGACGAGGACGAAGAUGAGUUUCCAGUUUCACACGAGCUUGUCAUCAAGACACACGACCGCCCUGUUACGACGAUCACGCUCGACCCAUCGGGCACGCGCCUAGUAACAGGCUCGAAGGACAGCACGCUGAAGCUGCACGAUCUGUCUGCACUGACACCCACAACUAUUCGCGCAUUCAAGACGGUCGAUCCGUUCGAGACGAAGCCCUCCGCGGCAGCUGAGGCACAUGCGAUCCACCAGGUUGUCUUCAGCCCGCAUUCAGGUGGCCAAUUUCUUGUCAUCACAGCAACACCGCAGGCGCGCUUGUUCAGCAGGGAUGGAGACAUGAUCAAAGAGUAUGUGAAGGGAGAUAUGUACUUGAGGGACAAGCUCAACACGAAAGGCCACACAGCCGAGGUCACGAGCGCAGCAUGGCAUCCGUCGAAUAGGGAUCGUUUCGUUACGGCCGGAACAGACAGCACGGUGCGUAUAUGGGAUGUCAAUAAGAGCUUGCAACAAGAGCAGGUCGUGGUGCACAAGUCGAGGGCGGCCGGCUCAGCGGGCUUGACGAGGAUGACUGCGAUUGCCUGGGGUGCGGCGGCAGAAGGCAACAAGAGCGUCAUCGCGUCGGCUGCGCUUGAUGGAAGCUUGGUUUUGUGGGGUGGUGAAGGCCCGUAUCAUCGCCCUCUUGGGGAGAUACGGGAUGCUCACGUCAAGGAUACGUGGACGAGCGGCCUAGACAUCAGCUCCGAUGGUCGGUUGGUCAUUACUCGAGGCGGCGACGACACAAUCAAAUUGUGGGACACCCGCAAAUUCAAGACGCCUGUGAACACUACAUCACAUCCCUCGACCUCCUCUCAGUACCCAACAUCGAACAUCAAGUUCGCACCCAAUUCGGCGAGCGUCAUCACUGGAUCAGAGACCGGUCAUCUCCACAUUCUCAACCCCGCCACUCUUCGACCUGAGCUCUUAACUCCAGUAACACCAGGAUCACCACUCAUUACAGUGAACUGGCACCCCAAGCUCAAUCAGAUCUUCACCGGCUCUGCCAACGGCCAAACUACCAUCCUCUUCAAUCCGAAGCUCUCCACUGCCGGCGCACUCACCAUUCUUAGCAAAGCCCCCAAGAAGCGUCAUCUAGACGACGACCCCCACUUCACUACCGACAUGGAUCCGCUGGGCAUGUCCGGCGAAGGCGUUGAACCUGGAGGCAAACCUGGCCCCGCACCUGGGUCCUUCGCCUCACGGCAUCCCACGGUUGGUCUCACAGCGUCGGGCAGGAGUAGAGAUCCAAGGAGGCCGCACAUCCCUCAGACGACGCCUUUCGCGAAGAGCACGCCGGACGAGAAGUACGUCAGAGAGAACAUUGAGCUAAGCAGUAUGCGGGACGAAGAUCCUCGCGAGGCCCUGCUUAAGUAUGCGCCGAAGGAAGGGGAGAAGAAUGUGUUCACAGGCGCGUGGGAGAAGACGCAGCCUAAAGCCAUAUACAAGGAUUACGAUAGUGAGGAUGAUGAGCCGAAUGCCAAAAAGGCGAAGCGAUGA